AUGUGGCUCUUAAUGAGGCUAGCAUUAUUGACCGCAGUACUCUACGUGCCAAAAGUCCAUGCUGGGCCUCUCGUCUCGGGACCAGGCAAAAGAGCCGUCAUCCCAGGAUGGAACAUGCAAUCCGCAGCCAAGGUAGAAACCGACAUGCCUAGCCUGUCUCAACCUGGUAUCAAUGUCUCCUCAUGGUAUCGAGUCGGAAGUCGCAGCACCGUGAUGGCAGGUCUUAUCGAUAAUGGUGUCUACAAUGAGACGGAUUUAUUUUAUUCAAACCACAUGGAGUCGUUGGCAGAUAUUCCGAUCUUCAAGGAGCCAUGGAUUUAUCGAGAGGAGUUUACAGCUCUCCCUUCCAGUGGCCAGUUCUUUGCUUUGAAUACCCACGGUAUCACAUCCAAGGCAGAUAUUUAUUUGAAUGGCGCUCAAAUCGCUUCCAGUGAGGAGCAACAAGGUUCAUAUGGGGGACACCGGUACGACAUAACAGCCCACCUUCGUUCAGGCUCCAACUGUCUUCUGAUCCGUGCUUAUCCAACAAAUUACCUCCGCGACUUUGCCAUUGGAUUCCUAGAUUGGAAUCCAUACCCAGCUGAUAAUGGGACUGGUGUUUGGCGCGAUGUGGAAAUCAUCCAAACAGGCGCAGUGUCAAUGUCCCCCUUGAGAGUAAUCACCGAUUUCACCAAAAAUGGAACGAAUGAUAAUGUGAACGUCAAAUUGAAAGCCAACUUGGUGAAUAAUGCGCCUCACAAAGUUCGUGUAGAGGUCAACGGAACGAUCAAAGGACAAAUCGCGGCGGACGCUUCUGCAAUCUGGGGCACAUUCGAAUUGGAGCCAGGCGAGGAAAAGACAAUCUCCAUCAGAUCUGCGCUUAGAAACCCACAGAUAUGGUGGCCGUUUGGCUGGGGAGAGCAGCCCUUAUACUUUGUUCACGCCGACGCCAUGGUUCAAGAAGACAAACUUAUUCUUUCGGAUUCCUCGGCUCAGAGAUUCGGCAUUCGACAUGUUUCAUCUUACCUGAAUGAACACAACGACACGGCAUUUACUGUCAACGGGCACCCAUUCCAGGUGCUAGGUGCCGGAUACAGCUCAGACAUAUUUAUGCGCUUUGACGUGAAAAGAAUCGCAAACACACUCCAAAACAUGAUUGACUUAGGACUUAACACUGUUCGUCUAGAAGGGAAGCAAGAACACCCUGAAUUCUACGACCUUGCUGAUGAAAUGGGGUUGAUGGUUCUAGGUGGGUGGGAAUGCUGCAAUAAAUGGGAAGCAUGGGAUUAUAAUAGCGACAAUGAUGGUGUUAAAUGGGGUGAAUCCGACUACCCAAUUGCCCACGCUGCUAUGCUUCAUGAAGCUCAGAUGAUGCAGCCACAUCCAUCUCUUCUCGGGUUCCUAAUCGGCUCAGAUUACUGGCCCAAUGACAAUGCGACAAAGGUCUUUAUCGAUGCAUUACACGAAAUGGACUGGAAGCUCCCGAUAAUCGCAUCGGCCAGUAAAAGAGGGUAUCCCGAGGCCUUAGGACCAUCCGGGAUGAAAAUGAACGGGCCAUACGACUGGGUCCCCCCGAACUACUGGUAUGGUGAUGAAGAAGGAGCAGCCUUUGGUUUCGGAUCCGAGCUAGGCGCAGGAGUGGGAACCCCGGAAAAACACAGCUUGCAACAAUUUAUGUCAAACAGUGAUCUAGAGACUCUUUGGAGAGAACCAAAUAUGGGGUCUUACCACAUGUCCAAUAAUAUCUCCUCUUUCUACGGUCGCUCUAUUUACAACAGGGGACUCUUUGCUCGAUACGGCAUGCCAAUCAACCUCGAAAACUACAUCGAGAAAUGCCAGAUGGCAGACUAUGAAGCCACUCGUGCCCAAUUUGAAGCAUAUUCAGCUCGGCAAAAUGCCUCUCGACCUGCGACCGGGGUAAUUUACUGGAUGUUGAAUAGUGCUUGGCCAAAUCUGCAUUGGCAGUUAUUUGACUAUCAUCUCCAACCCAUGGGCUCUUACUUUGGCACCAAGGUUGGGACUCGGAUGGAGCAUGUUGCUUAUGACUAUGAGACUGAAUCAGUUUGGCUUAUUGACCACUCCCUUGAAAAUAAAGGACAGCGAGAGAUUUCAAUCGAUCUCAUUGAUACAAAGGGCAAAAAGAUCUCGAGUGCCAAAGUCAAAACAAAUACCAUACCCAACUCUUCGAAGGAAGUUCGCAUAGUUGAUGAUAUCGAUAAAAUCAAGAAUGUUGGAUUCCUCCGUCUCGUUCUUCGCGACGUCAAGAGCAAAAAGGAUUUGAGUCGCAAUGUGUAUUGGCUAACUUCAAAACCGGACGUCCUAGACUGGCCAAACUCCACCUGGAUUUCCACCCCAGUUACAGAAUAUACAGACUUCAGGGAGUUGGACAGACUUGCCCUGGCAAAUGUGAAGGUCCAAAUGAAAGUGAUUGAGAGUGAUCAGCUAAACAGCGAGUGGACCUUUAUUGAGAUCCUGCUUGAGAACAAAUCAAAAGUUCCUGCUGUCUUUAUUCACUUGGAUAUGAUCAAUCCAACAGAUGGUAGCAAAUUGAAGGGCCUGUACUGGUCUGAUAACUAUGUUACUCUUUGGCCAAAAGAAAAGUUUCGUCUCAUGGUCUCCUAUGAAGGCCAAUUGACAAACGCUUCGAGUUUGCUUCAAAUCUCCGGACGCAACAUCCGUGCAUCAGUGGCAUCUUGA